UAUAUCAAAAUUCCCCGUAAACAAGAGAUAGUGUUUUGUUGACAGGGGACUGAAAAAUGUUUAAAAACUAUGUCUUAUAAUGUAAAUUCGGAAAGAAAGUUUCUCUAACAGACUUCGCAGUAUAAUGGCUGCGGGAAGAUUCUCCACAUCAAUCAAGGACGGUUCGGAUGUGGACUUUGUGUACACAUGUACCCAGUGUCAGGAAUACUAUUUAAGGGAGGAAGCUGUCAAGUACUGUCCGGAAUGUGAGGAGUAUCUUUGUACAAAAUGUACCAAUCAACAUGGCCGGAGAAAAGCUUUUAUUUCACAUAAGCUAAUAAACACAGAUGCUACAAAACGAGGGAAUAUGGUUACCAUAGCUACAAAAUGUCGUUACCAUCCAAACAGAGACAUUGAGAUGUACUGUGGAACCCAUGAUAUGGUCUAUUGUCUGAAGUGCAUAGCAAAGGAACAUAGGUCCUGUAAUGACGUUAGUGAAAUAGAAGACACGCACACAUCUCUCGUUCACGAACAAGAAGUACAACGUUUACAGAAUCAGACGAGAAACAUUCAAGAGCGUCUUAUUGCCAUUGAUAGGAAAACACAGAAAAACAUCGAUAACAUUGAACAGCAAAGAGACGACGUGCUUGCCAAAAUCGAGGACAUUGAGAGGAACUUAAUAGAGCAUAUUCGGAAAUUAAAGCAUGAAGCGAUUGGCGCUCUUAACAAGGACUAUACUUCGGAGAAAGAAGACCUGAUGUAUAACACCAGCAUGGUUGCAAAUUCGAAAAAGGAAAUUGAGACUGUAAGUAGUCAGUUGCAGACAGUUACCAGUAUGGAAGCAGGACAACAGUUUGUUCAGAUGAAACUGAUACAACAGACUGUAAAUGAUGCAGUGAAAGUGGUUGAAGAACGCGAGGCGACAGGUAGUAAAACUUUAUGUUUUACAGAAAAUACAGAUUUGAAGACCUCCAUUUUGACAGCGACAACUUUAGGACAUGUGAAUACCGUUACAGAAAAUGAACGAAUAUAUAAGGUGAAAUCAAAAAAGGAGAUAAAUAUCAAAAUGCAAAACGACUGUACCACGUGUUAUAUAUCUGAUGUAUGUCAGCUACAGGACGGUACGAUCAUACUGGCUGAUUACGGUAAUAUGAAGAUUAAGAGGCUUGAUAUGAAUUACAAUACCAAGGAUCACUGUGACCUAGGUAACUUUCCUAUGGGUAUCUGUUGUACUGGUCAGAAUGAAGUCGCUGUGAAAAUGAACCACAACAAGGUUCAGUUUAUAUCAGUCGGCAGUUCAUUUUCUAAGCUAAGAGAGGUUACUAUAGCAGUUGGAUACUUUUGGGGAAUGGCUUACUGCGAUGGAGAGCUGUGGAUAUCUACCGGAAAUGGUGUAAAUGUCUGCAGUACAUCCGGUACUCCACUGAAAACUGUUCGCCAAGAUAUCAAUGGUCAGAAUAUAUUUAAAUCGACUACUGAACAUAUAGCAGUCAGUGGGGAAACUGUUAUCGUAACAGAUUGCAGUGACGGAGCCGUCUGUCUGGGAAGAGAUUAUACGGUACAAAGAGAACUGCGGGACAAAAACCUUGUUGACACAAAAGGUGUAUGUAUAUCUAGUGAUGGAACAGUGUUUUUGUCUGGGUACACUUCAAACAAUAUUGUGAUGUUUGAUAAGAAUGGGAAAUGUCUCGGAGAGAUUGUAGCCAAAGACACUGGUCUACGGGAACCAUUUGCGAUGCAUUAUGACGGCAAAAGGAAAUGUUUAAUCGCAACAUGUGCUAGUUAUGACAAAGUAAUUAUUUUUUAUAUAUCCGAUUGACUUUACGUAUACAUUUGUAAAUUUAAAAUUUCAAAGCAACUCACAGCUGUGCCUAAAGACAUCUAAAUAAGUUACCAGUUUUAAACUUAAGUUCAUUCUUGCAUCUUAUCUGUAAAAAAGUUUGAUUUUAAGGUAUAAACAUUAUAAUAUGUAUUCAAAGUAGUCAAAACUACAAAAUAAUACAAGGGACCUCCGUAGCCGAGUGGUCAAGGUUGCUGGCUUCAAAUCACUUGCCCCUCACCGAUGUGGGUUCGAGCGAUGAAUUCUUCCUAGGUGACCGCGCGUGAUCAUAUAAUGCAUGGAGGGGCACCUGGGGUCUUCCUUCACCAUAAAAGCUGGAAAAUGACCUAUAUUGUGUCGGUUUGACGUUAAACUCAACAAAUACAAAACAAAACAAAAAACAUCAGAAUAAUACAAGUCACAGUUACUUAUCACCUUAAAUAUUGCCAUUCGAAUCCAGUCUUAUAAAUCUUUUCAUUUUUUCUGAUCUACUGGACGCAGUAAUGUUGUCACUUAUGGAGCUUAGGUUGUGUCACACAACAUAUACACAGCGUACGUGCGUUUAUAAAAUUCGGCUAUUCCUUUUCUCUUUUUUGGAAUAUUCUUACAUGUUAAAGUCGAUACGAACUCAUCGAUAACCCUUAAAUAUUGCCAUUCGAAUCCAGUCUUAUAAAUCUUUUCAUUUUUUCUGAUCUACUGGACGCAGUAAUGUUGUCACUUAUGGAGCUUAGGUUGUGUCACACAACAUAUACACAGCGUACGUGCGUUUAUAAAAUUCGGCUAUUCCUUUUCUCUUUUUUGGAAUAUUCUUACAUGUUAAAGUCGAUACGAACUCAUCGAUAACCCUUAAUUUCAUGAUUGCCCGAUGUUUCAGAUAUUUAGUGUCAUUAUCUUUAAAACAAAAUAUUUUAGGAAACGCCUACUUUUUAACAAUAAUAAACCGUUACAACAUAAUGGUGUUCUUGCAGACCAAUCGUAUAGUUGUACCGUCGACCCCUUAAGAAGUAAGGGCGAAAUUACGAUAACACGGUCCAACAGAACCACAACAGGAUAUGAUAGCACGAUAAUGCAAUGCUAAAGUAAGAUAACACGAUGCAACAGCACAAUAACACGAUGCGAUAGCACAGUGCGAUGCGACAAGACGACUUAAUAUCGCAUUAUCAUAUCGUGUUGUCAAGUCGUGUUGUCUUGUUGUAUCAAAUCACUGUACUACAAAUCGUGUUAUCAUGCUGUAGCGAUCGGAUAUCGCUCAAUAGUAUCGUGCUGUCGUGGUGUCGAGGUCGACAGUACAACGGUACGACAUUAUAUAUCACAACAGCAGAGUGUUGUGGUGUAGAUAAUUUAUACCGAAUACGACGGUACGAUAUAUUAUCCUUAUUAAUCUGGUUAGGCAUAUGCAGUUACAAUAAAGUUUGGUUACAAAUCUUUAAAUACAACUGAAUAUUAUAGCAGUAACAGCAACGUUACGACUGGAAGACCGACAUUCGGAUUCAUACAGAUCGUAGACGAACACGUAUGUAAAGUCCGAGUCUGCAAACUGUAGAUCAACAUUCAAAACUGUUCAGGUCGUAGAUCAAAAGGUGUUCAUUGUUCUUUACUGUAAAGAUUAGAACGUAGAUCUAGGUCUGCAAUCAUAGUUCAACAUUCGAAAUUUCAAGCAUGAUAACAAAUGAAAAAAUGCAAGAAUGAACUGCAUAAUUAUGAAGAUUUAAACAUUACUUUCCAUAAAGUAAUCAAACUUAAUCAUUUGUCUGUAUAUAUCACUAUCUUGAAUGAUUUCAUUUUAAAAUAAAUCAAUAAAUAAAUAAAUUAGAUUAAUAAUAAAAACUUCCAACAUAAUAUUAAAUGUUAUGUACAAUUAUUACUUCCCUUAAGUAAAACAUUUUUAAACAAAAUGAACUUGUCGGAUUUGUCAGUAUUCAUUCACGUAUAAUAGUCUAUAAUAAAUCUUUCUUUCAAAUGAAAUGAAUGGAAAUGAAAUUUAUUGUACAUUUCUUGUUAAAAGUUAUUUCACUUUCACAAAAUUAUUAUCAAUGUAGGAGAUAUUUCCGAUUUGUCCAUGAUGACUGUUGACACUUAGGUAGACGUCAAAACGUUACAUUGUUUGUAAACAAUCUGGGGGAAAUGUACUGUAGGCUUUUUGUCAAAAGUUAUUACACUUUCAUAAAUGAAUGUCAGUGGUCAAUAUUAGAUAUAGCUUUCAUUACAUUUUUGUACUUCACAGAUGAAAAUUUAAAUAGACUUUCAUCUUUACAAAAUGAUGAAAUAAAUUAAAAUGUAUUGCGCUUUUACGUUUCAUUUUCACAGACAACUUGUUGAAUUUUAAAGUUGUUGCUAUAUGAA